GAUAGAUCCUUUAUAAAACUAAACCCUAGCGACACAGUCCGCUUCCCCACUACUUUCCAUUUCGAUCUCCUUCUCCCUUUUCGAUCUCGCCGGAGCAAUGUCGGCCGCUGCAGAUGCGUCAUCGGAGAAUCUCAAAGAUGCCGUCUGGGCUCAGAUCCGUAUUGCGGACAAUCGCGACGUGCCAAACAUCUGCCGGCUCAUCAGGCAGAUGGCGGAGUUCGAGCGGUUGACCCAUCUCUUCUCAGCCACCGAGGCCUCCCUCUCCGCCACCCUCUUCCCUUCUCCCGCACCUCCCCCCUUCCGCUCCUUCACCGUCCUCAUCCUCGAGCUCUCCCCUACCCCGUUCCCUACCUCCGACGCCGACGGAGGUUUCUCCCCGAUCGUGCGCCAGCUCCAUCCGGACGCGCCGGUGGACGAUGCUGAGGCUGGGGAGUUCGCGUCUCCGCGUGGCGAGGGAGCGGUGGUUGUGGGAUUCGUUCUGUGCUUCCCCAACUACUCGUCGUUCCUAGCGAAGCCGGGGCUGUAUGUGGAGGACAUUUUCGUGCGGGCGGCAUGGCGACGGAGGGGCCUGGGGCGGAUGAUGCUGGCGGCGGUGGCGCGGCAGGCUGCACUGCUGGGGAUGGGGAGGGUGGAGUGGUGCGUGCUCGACUGGAACGUUAACGCAAUCAAGUUCUACGAGGAGAUGGGCGCCGAGGUGUUGCCGAUGUGGAGGAUCUGCCGGCUCGCCGGACCGGCAUUGCAGGCUUAUCGUCUUCAAUUGCUUGACAAGGAAGGUGAAGCUGUGGCCAAAGAGGAGUAGCCAUUUUUUCUCUUUUCUAUGACAAUAAGAGAUUUAGUUUGUUGGCUAUGGACUCUUACGGUUGGCUUUUUUUUUUAUCAUUUGAAGAAAAAAGGUUUUUAAAUAAGGACCUGAAAUUUACUUGCGUGUGGUAGGGUUUUUGAGUAAUCUCAAAGUUGAAUCGUAUGCUUUAAUUUUAGCAGAGAUUAA